UAUAUGUAUGUGCGUGUAUGUGUGUAGUGCAUGGCCAUGUGUUUAAUUCGAGCCGUUCCUUCCUUAUGUGCAUACAUUACAAAAGUACAGUAGUCGUGACGAUGCCUCGAUUCACUUCGCUCCUUCUGGUCUCUUUGCUUUCCGGACAUUUAAUACGCUGUGAACUGUACUCAUCCAUCUCUGAUGCAUCGCGAAAGACGGGCGACCGUUGCGUAACCGAGCCCCGGUUCUCUCGCGCCGGCGACGUCGAUGUAAUCAUCUUAGAAGGUUGGCUUUUGGUCAUCGACGAAGAGCACAAUCUGCUACCUUCUGGUAGAAGUCUAUGGGUGUCCGGGAACGACACCUGGUCUCAACCUGUCUCUGGGUGUAAACAGAAGGCUGGAUAUGUUUUGGGUCAUGAGAGCAGCUCUAAAGUGGCUUUGAGUGUGUGUCGGGAGUUACAAAUCAGCGGGUUCUUUAUGAUCGAUGGGGAUAAGUACUUUGUGGAACCUUUGAAUGGUACUCAUGUGGUCUUCUACAAGAAAUUGAUUAGACACAAGCGGAGCUGGGAGUUCUUCAAUUUAACAGGUGAUACGAUUGAUAUUGGAUUCGGUCCGGAGGAUUCUGAUUCGGAUGAGGGCAGCGCUGAAGAUGAUCUCGAGGAGGUUGAUGGAGAGGAUAUCAGGAGGCCACCGCUCGAGUGGAAGAGGGAACGGAUGGAUUCUGAAGAAGUUGGAUACUUCUUUGAUACGGCAUGGCAACCAACAGUAUUAACAUCCAGGAAACAUCACAAGAUUUCGGUGAAUCCUCAAAGGUGGUUGGAAAUCGCGAUAGCCGUGGAUAACUCUGUGAUCUCGUUCCAUGGGAAAUCAAGAGUCGAGCAGUACAUCCUCACGUUGAUGAAUAUCGUAAACGCAGUAUUCCAAGACCCUUCAUUAGACGCCAACAUGCAGCUGGUAAUCACCCGGAUGAUCCUAUAUGAUACAAAUAGGCAUUCGUUAAUCAGACCUGGGAAUGUAAAGAAGUCUUUGGAGAACGUUAACAGCUGGAAUCGUGAUCUUCAUAUAGGUUUAGCUCCUGGAGAGUCUCAUCACGAUGUCGCUGUUUGGUUGACUCGUUCGGAUAUUGGAGGUCCUUCAGGUUUUGCUCCAGUUUCAGGCGCUUGUGACACUAAGAGGAGUUGCGCUUUGAACAGAGACGAAGGUCUUACAAGUGCCUUCAUCAUAGCCCACGAGUUGGCCCAUAUUUUAGGUUUGAGCCACGAUGGAGACUCUAAAGCUUCGAACAACUGCGGAGACGAUGCUUUCCAAGGAAGCGUCAUGGCUCCUCUGGUAUCUGCCACCUUUCACCAGUUCCUCUGGUCAUCUUGCUCAAGAAAAGAAUUCCAGAGAAGAUCAAGGAAGUGGACUUGUUUGAGUAAUUCACCUCAGGUGAAUGCUGUUGUCCUCAACAAAACUUUGCAGACUUCCUUCAGCAUGGAUGAGCAGUGUCGCAUGGAAUUUGGUGAAGGUUAUAGUUUAUGCAGAGCUUUCGAUAUCGUUGAGCCGUGCUCUCAUCUCUGGUGUGGACAUGUUCAAUCUGCUUUGGUCUGCAAGACAAAGAAAGGUCCACCAAUUGAAGGAACAGAAUGCGGAUUUAAUAAGUGGUGUGUUAACGGGUAUUGCGAGUCGGUGGACAGGCGGAAAUUCAAUUUGGAUCCGGUGCAGCACAAUCCGCAGGACGGUGGAUGGGGAGAUUGGGGUCCCUGGGGUUCAUGCUCCAGAACCUGCGGGACAGGUGUCGAAUUCAGAGUGAGGAGAUGCGAUAAUCCUGCACCGAUUUACGGGGGAAGCGAAUGUUUCGGAUCGAAGGAGGAGUGGCGCGUCUGCAAUUCUGUGUCUUGUCCAGAACCAAUCCAGGAUAUAAGAGCCCAGCAAUGUAAAAGGUUGCCGAAGAUGCUGAAGCUGAAACCGCCCAGAUCCAAUAUGACCUGGCUUCCACAUGAAAGCGACAAACGUGAGAUGAAAUGUAAGCUGAUCUGCGCCAGCAAAGAGACCGGGGAUCUGUAUAUCACCGGUGAAAACUUGAUAGAUGGAACGCCGUGCUCGUACGAGAACAAAAGCAAUAUUUGCAUUCAAGGAACCUGUCAGCCAUUCGGAUGUGACAUGAAGAUAUUCUCGACGAAGAUGGAAGAUGCCUGCGGCGUCUGCGGAGGAGACAACACCGAAUGCGAGCCAAAGCGCGGCGUCUUCAAAAGAAAACUGAAAAAAGAUGUUAAUCGCGUUGCGGUACUUCCUCGAUUGGCGAGAGAGAUCAAGAUUGAGGCGAAUUUCACAACGACUUCGCACUUGACUCCAUCGGUGGCUUUCAUCCUGAAGGAUCGAAAACGUAAUACGCAUACGAUCACAAUUCCGAACAGGAGCAGCGACAAUCAGAUCAUCGAAGGGACGAAGUUUUAUUACACCAAAUCCGCCGGUUUCCAUUUACUGUGGGCGAAAGGACCCGUCCUCGCGGAAAUUGUAGUUCUGGUGUAUGCGUCUAGGAAUCAAGUGGAUAUGGGAUUAAAUAUCUCUUUGGUAUCCGAAUACUACGUGCAUCGUAACAUGUCUGAUGCAAACAUAAAAUAUAAAUGGAUUAUUGGUAACUGGGGACCGUGCACCAAGACCUGCGGUGGUGGAAAACGGUAUAAGACAAAGGCCUGUUCCGACAUCUUCAGCGGGAAAAUCGUCCCUAGACGUUUCUGCUCGAUUUCCACCAAACCAAUAACAGAAAGCCAAAAGUGCAACGUAUUUAGUUGUAAUUUCGUGUGGUAUCCGGGGAUGUGGGAACCGUGCAGCGCGAUGUGCGGUUCAUCUGGAAUUCAGAUGAGAGAGUUGUAUUGUUUGCCACAAUCCAUGCUGGAGGAGGCUACGAACGGAAGCAACAAAGAUGAACCUUGGAGGUUCAUGGUCAAACCGGAUAAGUGCGGCGAUUUGAAGCCGAACCAGCAGAGGCAAUGUUAUAGGAGACCAUGCCCUUCGUAUUGGGAAUACGGGCAGUGGUCCGAGUGUUCGUCGUCCUGUGGCCUGGGCAUCUCUGUGAGGGAAUCGCAAUGUACUCCAUCCAUUAACGAAACUUUCUAUUCGUGCGAUCAGGAGCCUGCUAAGCAGAAGAAGUUCUGCAAAGCUCCACACAAUCGAAGCACGAAUCCUCUGUGUCGUACAAGGAAGCCAUGCUUCGGGGAUCAGUCCAAGUAUUGUUCGUUGCCCGGCCUCGUCCGAUACUGCAAAAUACCCACAUACAAAAAAAUGUGCUGCAAAUCUUGCGCCCGCAGGAGACUCACCCCUUACAUACAUUAACGCUAACAUACUAACUGUUUUAAUUGAUUAAAGUUGUUAAUUCAU